AUGGGCUGCAGCCUGGCACACUCGAGAGAGUACCUGACUGGAUUCCACAAGCGGAAAGUAGAGCGAAGGAAAGCAGCUGUGGAGGAAAUCAAGCGUAAACUGAAAGAAGAGCAAAGGAAGAUGAAAGAGGAGCGGCACAAGGAGUACCUGAAAAUGCUGACAGAGAGAGAAGAGGCUCUUGAUGAGGCUGAUGAGCUGGAGCAUUUGGUGACAUCCCAGACGGAGUCUGUGAAUAUUGAUCACCCAAACCACACGGUAACAGUGACCACCAUCAGUGACCUGGACCUCUCCGGAGCACGCCAACUAGGACUUACCACUCAUGAGGAAAAUGCUGACUCUAGGGAAGAGGAGACAACAAGCAGGCCCACGAAAGUAUUGCCCAAGAAGUCUGGUGAUCCUUUGUUGUCCCAGAGGAUCUCUUCGCUCACUGCCUCGCUGCAUACACGCAACCAGAAAAAAGCUAAGGGAAAGCGGCUGAGACAUGGCCAAGACUCGCACAAGAAAAACCAGAAACCUAGUACUGGACGGACCAGCAAGUCCCAGCGCCGGAAACUGACUGGCAGACUGAGACAUAACCAAGACUGAAGGACAAACUGGAGUGGAAAAGAUCUGCCAGGAUAGGUUCUGCAUUUGGUGUUGGUCUCUAGCCUGAUGCGAAAGCUCAAUUUGUUGUGGAAGAGGACUUUCCUUGAUGGGAUUCUUGGUCAACAAGCAAUGCAAUGGAAGCCCCUCUUGUGGCAUCUUGGUCUGGGAAAUGUACAUGUGCUGGCUCUGAACCCAGGCCCAUGAGGUGAAUAUUAUUCACCAUUAUUUCCAUUAUUGUGGAAAGUAAUUACCACAAUGAACUAUCUUACGUGCCAGGCAGUGUGUUAUCUCCUACGCCUGUCGGCAGGCUGUGGAUUAAUUUGGACUCUGUCCUUUGUGCAUCAGUCCAUCUGUUCCCUAGACUUCCCUUUCCCAAGGAAAGAGUGGGAAAUCUUGUUCCUUGCCUUACAAAAUGGAAGAGACAGAUACAGGGCAAACCAUAUUAGGAUGGUUUGUAGCACAAGAGAGGGCUUUGCUUCCACCCACAUUCACAUUACCUGCUGUAUAAUUCCUCCUCUCCCAAAAAGACUGUGUGCCAACUUCAGCAUCUUGUGUGUUCCUUGUGCAGAGUUGCAUCUGAGUGCAAGGACACAUCCCCUUCUGCAAAUAACCAGAUUUUUUGAUAACUUCUCUGGGUGCAUAUCUUUAUAAACAGCCAUUUGUAAGAAAGCAAACGUGUGUGUGUGUGUGACUUACUAGAAGUGGAAGGGCAACCUAGCUGGGGAGAGGUGAGGUGUUUGGAAGGUCUUGGAAUCUCCAGCUCAUUACUGCGAGAGAGGGAACAUAUGGGAGAUUAUUUCAGUGGUGAAAUGACAAUGAGUCACUUGCUGCUGUCAGUGACCCAAUGUCAUAACAGCCCCCGGGGUAGUAUUGAACUCCCUAAUGUGCUUCCCCCAGUUGUGCAAUUCUGCCCAUGUUGGGAGGAGGGGGCAGAGACCUCCCUUACUGCAGUGGUCAGCAUCUGCCCCCUCACGUGGACUUUGCAUAAUGCUCCAUUUGCAAAUACAUAGCAGAGUACCUGCACUUUACCCAGACUCAGUAAACAUUGCCCAGGAACUGCCUGUUCUAUGUUUUUCACACUUCAUUAAGGCUUGUUACUUUGUUUCCCAAAGUCCUUGGGCCAAGGCUGCCUUGAAACAAUCCUCUCCUAGCAGUUUGCACCCAUUAUGCUGUUAAAAGAGCACCAAUUAAAUUACAA